AUGUGUCAUGUCAUAGUAUUGGCAACGUCCAAGCACAUAAACGGCGUCGUAGCGAAUGUUAAAAAGACUAGUACAAAAGACAAGACCACGAGUACCACGUGGUCACAUCUCAUUGAUCACUCCCCUUCACCAGAGAAGACACCAUCAACGACAACCAAACCAACGGUGUUGAUACAACUCACAAGGGAGCUUCUCUUCUCGCGCCUAAAAUUUACGAAAUUUUCUCCCUUAAUCGGGUUUUCGUACUGGAAUGGCGGAAGGUCCGUCGAGUCCAGGCGAGAGUGGGGAUCUGAGCCCGAGGUCGUCGAACGUGCGGGAACAGGACAGGAAUGUGUUUCUGAGUUCAUCAGCUUUAUCACUAGCGAGGCAAGUGACAAGUGUCUAAAGGAAAAGAGGAAAACCAUUAAUGGUGAUGAUCUGUUAUGGGCAAUGGCCACACUAGGGUUUGAAGAUUACAUUGAGCCACUCAAGGCAUACCUAAUUAGAUACAGAGAGAUUGAGGGUGACACCAAGGGAUCUGGUAGAAAAGAAGGGGUGCAGCUGCAACCUGAGCAUGAUGAAGGUUUUUAUUCACAGGGUCUGAGUUAUGGUGACUCACAGCAACAGGGUCAUCUCUUGAUGGUCCCAAUGCAAGGGACAGACACAGUGGCAGAAACACACCAAACACCAACGGUGUUGAUAGUUGAUACUACUUGCAACGAACCUUCUCGCGCCCAAAUUUACGAAUUUUUCUCCCUCGAUCGCCUAGGGUUUUGGGUCUGGAAUGGCGGAAGAAGGUCCGUGGAGUUCAGACGAGAGUUGGAGUGGGGGGUCUGA